GUCCUAGCUGACAUCAAGGCUCCAUUGUGCUAGAUGAUGUACGUACACAUACCAAGAGACAGAGUCUGCCUUGAAGAACCUACAAUCCAAGAGCUUGUCUACAUGAACAGGGGUUAAAAUACCUGUGAGGAAAAGUCCCAUAAUGCUCACCACUAGCUCCAAAGGCAAACAGCCCACCUUCUGUUUUGAAAGACAAAUAAAAUUUUCUGCAUGCCUGGAUUUGGCCUUUGCACAGAAUCAAGCCACCCCACAGAGGGAUAUAUGGCAAAAGCAGCCUCCCGAUUUUAGCCACAAAUUCUAUAAAUCUUCCAGGCCUUCACGAAAACCACCAGAAAAGGAAAAGGAAGAUCUGAAGAAGGCCAAUAGCACAGAAUCUGAGACUAAGCAACAGCUGCCAGAGAUAAAGUCCAGACAGUUCCACACUGCUUUGGAAAGGAAGAAGGAGUUGCCCAAGAUUGUCACAAGGUUUCCACACGUGGGCUCAUAUGAAGUGGAUAUAAUGUUUGUGAAGAAUGGAAAAUAUAAGACUGGCAUAUACCAAGAUCCCAAACCACAUGAUUUUAGGCAGUAUGAAACUAAUAUACCAGACUUUGUGACAAGUUACCCCAGAGACCCUUUCAAUUUAAAGUUCAAAUCUCAGCAUUCAAAUGCAGUUCAUGGACUUCAGCCAUUGAAAGACAAGCAAAAGGACACCAAGGGGAGAUUCAUUACAUACAAGCCUUGUGAAUGCAAAUAGGAAUCCAGGCUAAUUCUGCCAAAGAACUCUUGGCUACUGAAGUCUGCUUCAUUUACGAGACACAGGAGGCGACGUGGUGUCCACACAGCAUUCCUAGAUCGUGUGGAUGAAAAGCUACGUACAAUAUGGCAGGAGGAAGUAGGAAAAGAAUGCAGCCAGGAUGAAAGCACAGCUGCGGCAAUCUUCACUGUUCAGAUGGAUGACUAUCUAGGUGGGAAACCUGUGCAGAGUAGAGAAAUUCAAGGACACGAGUCUACUGACUUCGUUGGAUAUUUCAAAGGAGGGAUUAAGUACAAGGCAGGUGGUGUUGCAUCUGGAUUUAAACAUGUAGUCACUAACGACUUGAGUGCACAGAGGCUUCUGCAUCUUAAGGGCCGGAGGGUAGUGAGAGCUACAGAAGUUCCUCUCAGCUGGGCCAGUUUCAACAAAGGAGACUGUUUCAUUGUUGAUCUCGGAACUGAAAUCUACCAGUGGUGUGGCUCAACAUGCAAUAAAUUUGAGCGUCUGAAGGCUUCUCAAGUUGCUGUUGGCAUUCGGGACAAUGAGAGGAAUGGAAGAUCUCAGCUAAUUGUUGUAGAAGAAGGAAGUGAGCCAAGAGAACUUACAAAGGUUUUAGGGACUAAGCCACUGCUUCCUGAGGGUAAUGAUAAUGAUGAUGAGGCAGCUGAUAUCACAAACAGGAGAAUUGCUAAACUAUACAUGGUGUCAGAUGCAAGUGGGUCCAUGAAGGUGUUGGUGGUUGCAGAGGAAAACCCCUUCUCUAGGGCUAUGCUUUUGUCUGAAGAGUGUUUCAUUUUGGACCAUGGUGCUGCAGGAAAGAUCUUUGUGUGGAAAGGCAAAGAUGCUAACCCACGUGAGAGAAAGGCAGCCAUGAAGACUGCCGAAGAAUUCAUACAACAAAUGAACUACCCUGCUAAUACCCAGAUUCAAGUGCUUCCAGAAGGAGGGGAAACGCCAAUCUUCAAACAGUUCUUCAGAGACUGGAAAGAUAAAUAUCAAAGCGAAGGCUUUGGGAAAGUCUAUGUCACUGAGAGAGUGGCUAGAAUUGAGCAGAUUGAAUUUGAUGCUACCAAGUUACAUGAAUCUCCACAAAUGGCUGCCCAACAUAAUAUGGUUGAUGAUGGUUCAGGGAAAGUGGAGGUCUGGCGUGUUGAAAGUAAUGGCAGAAUCCCUGUGGAGUCUGAGACAUAUGGAGAAUUUUUUGGCGGUGACUGUUACAUUAUACUUUAUACUUAUCCUAAAGGACAGAUCAUCUACACAUGGCAAGGCGCGCAUGCAACCAAAGACGAGCUGACUGCAUCUGCAUUCCUGACUGUUCAGCUUGAUCGGUCACUACAUGGACAGGCUGUCCAGAUCCGGGUCUCCCAAGGAAAAGAACCUGCACAUUUGCUGAGUUUGUUCAAAGACAAACCACUCAUUGUCUACAAGGAUGGAACAUCCAAGAAAGGAGGUCAGAAACCUGCUCCCCCCACACGUCUCUUUCAAAUUCGCAGGAACCUGGCGUCCAUCACCAGGAUUGUGGAGGUUGAUGUUGAUGCAACUUCAUUGAACUCCAAUGAUGUUUUUGUUUUGAAACUGCCAACGAACUCCGGCUACACCUGGGUCGGAAAAGGAGCAAGCAGAGAAGAGGAAAAAGGAGCUCAAUAUGUAGCCAGCAUUCUGAAAUGUCAGACCACUAGGAUUGAGGAAAGCCAGGAACCAGAGGAAUUCUGGAGAGCCCUUGGAGGUAAGAAAAAAUACCAGACUUCAGCACAGCUGCUAACUGAGUCCGAAGACCACCCGCCUCGUCUCUAUGGCUGUUCCAAUAAGACUGGCAGGUUUAUUAUUGAGGAGGUCCCAGGAGAAUUCACUCAGGAUGAUUUAGCUGAAGAUGAUGUCAUGUUGUUAGAUACUUGGGAGCAGGUGUUUGUCUGGAUUGGUAAAGAUGCUAAUGAAACUGAGCGAAAUGAAUCUGUGAAAUCUGCCAAACGCUAUAUUGAGACAGAUCCUUCUGGAAGAGACAAGGGGACCCCACUUGUUAUUGUGAAGCAAGGAUAUGAACCCCCUACAUUCACAGGCUGGUUCCUGGGCUGGGAUUACAACAAAUGGAAAAACUGAUCUAUCGGUGAAGGCCUCUGCUACAAACAGAAUGCAAUCAGAGCACAAAUAUUCUCUAGCAUUCUUAAGCAUUAGCUUGUAAAAACAUAUUGAUGCAGCAGUUGUCACCCAUUCCGCAGCGUUCGUAUAUUCCUCUGAGUAAACUAGCAUGUCUUAGCUUUGGAAAGGUUAAAUGAGAUGAUAAAGCAGUCACAUAACUUCUUGGUGGCGGGUUGGGUUUUUUACACAGUAUCUAUGUGGAGUGAUACCAUUGGUUUGGUUCUAAAAUGCCUUUUUCUGAACAAAAACUGUAGAUCAGUUACACAUUAAUAUACAAUUUACUAGCUAACAUUCAUCAGUGGGUCAAAUUCUGCUUUUUACACCAGCAAAAGCAACAGCAGAAUUUGGCCCACUGAGGACCCAUUGAAGUUGAGGGGAAAGAAUCCCAGCAGCAGGAUUGGGCCCUAAUUUACCUAAAAUGUCAAAAUCCUGCAGUCCUUACUAGUACAAAAUUUCCAUUGCAGUCUGAAUCAGGAGUGGGAGCUCUGUCCUGCAGGGUGUGGAUCAGGAUUCCGAGAGAGCCAAUGUGAAAAUGGUACUUUGUUACAUGUGGUUCAGGAAAUGGAUAUAAUCUGAGUGGAGGAGAUGCUGUAGGCUUGAAUGAAUGUGAACAUAUAUCAUCAUGAGGCCCGGCAAAGUUGGCUGUGACAGACACUGUUUCUAUAGAGCCCUCAGACACAUACUGGCUGCAUGUUAUCCCUGUUCUCAGAUUCCUCGACUCGGGGUGGGCAAACUUUUUGGCCUGAGGGCCACAUUGGGGUUCAGAAACUGUAUGGAGGGCCAGGUAGGGAAGGCUGUACUUCCCCAAACAGCCUGGCCCCUGCCCUCUGACUGCCCCCCUCAGAACCUCCGACCAUCCAACUCCCCCUGCUCCUUGUCCCCUGACUGCCCCCUCCUGGGACCCCCUGCCCCCAACUGACCCCCCAGGACUCCCAUGCCUAUCCAACCACCCCCUGCUCCCUGUCUCCUGACUGCCCCAACCCCUAUCCACACCCCUGCUCCCCGCCCCCUUACCAUGCCGCUCAGAGCACCAGGACUGGCAGCCAUGCCACCUCGCUGGAGCCAGCCACACCGCUGCACAUUCUAGAACACCGGGGCAGGCCGGCAACUUUCAUUGCCAUGCUGCCCGGCAGGAGCUCACAGCCCCACUGACCAGAACGUUGGUGGCAUGGCGAGCUGAGGCUGCAGGGGAAGGGGGACAGCAGGAGAGGGGCUGGGGGCUAGCCUCCCCGGCUGGGAGCUCAAGGGCCGGGCAGGAUGGUCCCACAGGCCAGAUGUGGCCCGUGGGCUGUAGUUUGCCCACUUUUGCUCUAACUGCUGCUCUUAAACACACUUAAGUGAGCUAUUGCUCCUGAAUGGCAGCAGGAGUCACUGACACCUUUAAAAAUGGAUCAGCACACAUCAUUUCAUUCACCAGCCUGCAAGCACACACUGCAUAUCCCAGCCACAAGUUACCUCAGGCUGGACCAGUCUCAUUUUUUCCCCUACUCAUCCGUGCUCAGUUCUGUGCAAGUAUAGAGAUUUGCUCAUAUGGCCAAACGUGUUGCAUGUUUUUCCUCAAUGGGCAGAAGACUGGAACUCUUCACACACGUGCUGAGCAGACUUUGAAUGUGCUGUGCCAAUGCUUUGGGGAACCACUUUUCUUUCAGCAGCACUGAGUAUCCUGGGAACAGGGCCGGCUCCAGACACCAGCUUACCAAGCAUGUGCUUGGGUCGGCACCUUUGGACAGAGCGGUGCUCAGGGUUUGGUUUUGGUUUUUUUGGUUCGGCCAGGCGGUGCUGGGAGGGGGCAGAAGGGCUUGGGUGGCAUGGCACGGUGCUGGGGGG